AUGCGGGAAAUUGGACUAAAUAUCUUCUUGAUAUCGUUUUUGCAAUUUUGCGAUGGUUUCAAUGUCGGGUCACUGUUUGGAGGAUUGGGAACAACCCAAUCUGCCGGAGUUCGAGGGAUUUUGAUGUGUGAUGGGAAACCGGCGUCUCGUGUUAAAGUGAAGCUCUGGGAUGAUGAUCGAGGAAUUGAUAUGGAUGACUUGCUUGACUCGGGCACUACCGACGCGCAGGGACAUUUCGAGCUAAAGGGUUACACAAGUGAAUUCACAACAAUUGAUCCAAAAUUGAACAUCUACCACGAUUGCAAUGAUGGGAUAAAGCCGUGUCAACGAAAGUUCAACAUCGAGAUUCCCGAUUCCUAUGUUUCGGAGGGUCAAAUACCGGAAAAGAUCUACAACGCGGGCACCAUUGAACUAUCGGGUCGGAUGAGCGGUGAGACGAGGGAUUGCCUAAAUCGAAUG